AUGGCCUUUGUGAAUGAAGAUGAAACACCUAAGGCCUCUUUGGACGCCCGCGGUCAUCGACCCCUUGACAAGAAGAGAGAAGAGGCUCCCAGCCUGAGACCUGCCCCACCUCCCAUCAGUGGAGGAGGCUAUCGGGCUCGUCCAGUCAAAACUGCUGCCAGCAUGAAGAAAGUAGAAAGAAAACCCCCUGAUGCUGGGGGCUGUCUUCACGCUGACCCAGACCUGGGAGUGUUGUGUCCUACAGGAUGUCAGUUGCAAGAAACUUUGGUAAAACAGGAAAGGCCAGUCAGAAACAGUGUGAAUGAGUUAAAUAAUAAUGUGGAGUCUGUUUCCCAGACAUCUUCUACCACCUUUCAGUAUAUGACUGUUCUAAAAGACAUGUGGAAAAAGAGGCAGAAGCAAAUAAAAGAAAAUGAAAAUGUAAUAAGUGAGUACACCUCAGAGCUGGAAAAGCACCGAUUAUACAUAGAUGAGACAGUGAAUAGUAAUAUCCCGCUUAACCUUCGUGUACUCCGUUCAAUCCUGGAAAACCUGAGAAGCAAAAUACAGAAGUUAGAAUCUGAUGUCUCAGCUCAGAUGGAAUACUGCCGCACCCCAUGCACCGUCAGUUGCAAUGUUCCUGUGGUGUCUGGCAAAGAAUGUGAGGAAAUUGUCAGGAAUGGAGGUGAAACAUCUGAAAUGUAUCUCAUUCAGCCUCACAACUCUAUCAAACCAUAUAGAGUAUACUGUGAUAUGAACACAGAAGGUGGAGGAUGGACAGUAAUUCAGAAUCGUCAAGAUGGUAGUGUUGACUUUGGCAGGAAAUGGAAUCCAUAUAAACAAGGAUUUGGAAAUAUUGCAACCAAUGAAGAUGGGAAAAAAUACUGUGGCCUACCAGGUGAGUACUGGCUUGGAAAUGAUAAAAUUAGCCAGCUUACUAAGAUGGGACCCACAGAACUUUUGAUUGAAAUGGAGGACUGGAAAGGAGAUAAGGUGAAGGCACGCUAUGGAGGAUUCACUAUACAGAACGAGGCUGACAAGUACCAAAUCUCAGUGAACAAAUAUAAGGGAACAGCUGGCAAUGCCCUCAUGGAAGGAGCCUCUCAACUGGUGGGAGAAAACCGAACAAUGACCAUUCACAAUGGCAUGUUCUUCAGCACGUACGACAGAGAUAAUGAUGGCUGGGUAAAUGCAGAUCCCGAAAAACAGUGUUCUAAAGAGGAUGGUGGCGGAUGGUGGUAUAAUAGAUGUCAUGCAGCCAAUCCAAAUGGUAGAUACUACUGGGGUGGACAAUACAGCUGGGACAUGGCAAAACACGGCACAGACGACGGAGUGGUAUGGAUGAACUGGAAGGGGUCCUGGUAUUCCAUGAAGAAGAUGUCCAUGAAGAUCAGGCCCUAUUUCCCACAGUAAUAGUCCCCAAAACAUAGAUUUUUAUUCUUCCAUGUGUAACAACAUUUUUGUAUAUUAUGUCAUUGGAAUUUUCUUUCAUAUAUUAUAUCAAAUUAUCAAAAGGUUGUGAGUGUGACUUUCUGAAGAAAGUAUUCAGGAUAAAUGACAUUAAAAUUAUCACACCAUUUUCUUUUUUUAUUCUUCAUUUAUAUUAUUCAUCAAGAAGUAACUAAAAGAAUAAUUGUGGACAGUCAUUGUUCAUAAUUUCAAUUCCAGUCGAUUGUGAAAAGUUUCGCAUUAGGAAGAGGAAUUUUCUAUCCUUAUGAAAAACUGUGAGGCAAAAUAAAAGCUUAUGUUUAAAAGUC